AUGGACAACGAAGAGGUUCCAUCUGCUCCUUCAACCCCAGCAACACCAGGGACUCCAGGUGCUCCUCUCUUUGGUGGGUUCAAGGGGGAGAGAGGUGUGCAUGGUAGAAAAUCCCUAUUGAGAAGUUGCAAGUGUUUCAGUGUGGAAGAAUGGGCUAUGGAAGAAGGAAGACUACCUCCUGUCUCUUGCUCAUUGCCCCCUCCUCCUGUCUCACUAGCAAGAAAGGUGGGAGCUGAAUUCAUUGGCACUCUUAUACUGAUCUUCGCUGGGACAGCCACAGCCAUAGUUAACCAAAAAACACAAGGCUCAGAAACUCUCAUUGGCCUUGCUGCCUCUACAGGACUAGCUGUAAUGAUCGUUAUACUGUCAACAGGCCACAUCUCUGGAGCACAUCUCAACCCAUCCAUCACCAUUGCCUUUGCUGCCUUGAAACACUUCCCAUGGAAACAAGUGCCAGUAUAUAUUGGGGCACAAGUAUUGGCAUCACUAUGUGCUGCAUUUGCAUUGAAGGGGAUAUUUCACCCUAUAAUGGGAGGGGGAGUCACUAUUCCUUCAGGGGGGUAUUCUCAAGCUUUUGCUUUGGAGUUCAUUAUUAGCUUUAUUCUCAUGUUUGUUGUGACUGCUGUGGCCACCGACACCAGAGCUGUGGGGGAGCUGGCGGGAAUCGCGGUAGGGGCUACUGUAAUGCUCAACAUACUCAUAGCUGGGGAAACAACAGGGGCAUCCAUGAACCCAGUCAGAACAUUAGGGCCAGCCAUAGCUGCAAAUAACUAUAAAGCCAUAUGGGUUUACCUCACUGCCCCAAUCCUUGGGGCACUGUGUGGAGCAGGAACUUACUCUGCUGUCAAGCUGCCAGAGGAAGAUGGUGAUACUAACGAAAAAACAUCAGCCGCAAGGAGCUUCAGGAGGUGA